AUGUCUGCUCCCAUCUUGAAUCGAUUUUUCUUUCCAAUUUAUGCGCUCUUGACUAUGGCACAGUAUUCCAUCAUUUACGAAAUUCUUGUUCAGAAACAAUCAGAGUCUUCCGAAAAGAAAAAGAAAUAUCAAAAGAUACAACUUUUGCAAAGAUCCAUAUUAAUUUUCAUAUCUUCAUUUUUUCAUCCCUCUUUCAUCAUCAAGCCCCGUGCUUCUUGUUCGUUUCUGUCGCACUCGCAACCUCACCCUAGCUAUACCCAGAUCCCAUUCCGGUCCCGCGCCCAAUUUACCACUUCCCCAUACAAUCUUUGUUCAGCCUCUAAGCAAUUGCCCACGAUGGCAGACUUUCCCACCACGAUCUUGACUUCCAAGUCACCUGAGGAUGUUGCCAACUUCCUUCCCAAGUCUUUGCAGCUGAGCCAGACACUCAUUGAACAGAAUUUGGUGGCUUGGUUUUCCAAUUACCUGAACAUGAUCAUGCGCUAUAACCACGACCUAAACACAUUGGUGGCGAACGGGAGACAUUUUUUCACUUCUUCUGAAGGCGAAUUUGGUGCCAUUGACAAGAUUUGGAAUUGUGUGGCUCUGUGUGUGAUGUCACAGAUCCACGUCAACGACCUGCUUCUCAGAACAAUCAGAAACGAUAUUAUUGGGCCUUUCAACGCCGCGUUCAAAGAGGAUUUCAAGUACUCGGAACUUUUGAUCAAUUCGCAGGAAUUGUUGCAGAUGCUGGGUAGCAUGGACGAUGCCGAAGGUGCUUACAACUGGAACGUUAAAGCGCCAGCCAUUCUUCUGAACUUCGAGAAUUAUAAGCGUUUUGAGAAAGAUUUGCUCUUCAACGCAUUUAUUGCGUAUUUGAAUGUGGUCAACUCCAAGAACGCAAGCCUUCUCUCUAAGAACGAAAAUGCUGUGAACUUCAUCUUAAAGGAGUUUAAUAUUGACAAGGAGAUGGAGAAUUACACUGAUUUCAUGGUAAAAACCAAAGUAGAAGCUCCUCCAAAACCCGCUCCUAUCGUUAAGGAGACACAUGCCCCUCAGAAGAGUAAGACAGCUUCCUCUGCCGCUUCCACAACUUCUGGUGCAUCAUCUUCAAACAAAGAACGUCGUAAAUCCAAAUUGAUGCUGAAAUUCGGCUCUAUCAUGGGCCGCAAAAAGAAGAGUGGCGUAUCUCACUCAGAAGCUAUUCCAGAAGACCGAUCCGUUGCUUCUACACAUUCAAGACAAAACUCUCACGUUAGUAAAGCGGAGACCAGAAAUUCUUUGUACCAACCACCUGCACCAGUAAGCAAGUACGGUCGCAGAGACAGCGCUGCUGCUAGCUUUUCAGGCGCAAAACCUUCUUCAGUGUCAAUACCUCCUGCUGCUCAUGCCGGUUCUUCUACCACUCCUGCCGCUACCACUGCUCCAGUGCCUGCUGGCCUUGCAGCUCCAGAUGAAAAUACCUUCACGGAAGCAUCUGCAGCUCAAGGGGUCUCUUCUUCUCCUCCUCCUCCUCCAGCUGUUGCUCAACAUGUUGACCGCACUCCCACGUCUAUCAACUCGAAGCCCAUGGUGCCAAGUAAGGGCACUGAGAAAUCUUUACUGACUUCAACUGCCCCAAUUACCGAUGAAAUUGUGUCAAGCAAUGUUGCGUAUGCCGAAGAUGAGCCAAAUAUUGAAAAGUACACAUCCUCAGAUGAUGAAAGUGACGGGCCAACUGAUACAAAUGGACACCGCUUGUCGCUUCUCAAAGCAAAUGAUUUGGGAAACACCCCCAAGAUCAAUCCAGAAGAGGUUCCAAGAGCGGCCUCAGCUGGGAAAUACAGCUUUGAGUAUGGCGAUGAAGAGAAAUCAAUUUCUACUCCCACCCAAACUCCUAGAAUGACAAACACUGACUUCGAAAGUGCUACUGAGGCUCUGCUUCCGGUUUAUGACGAUAGUACAGCAAAGGCUGUUGCACCGGAGAAGACCGACCAUAUCCGCCCUCCUCCACCUCCUCCACCUUCAAGAAAGAAGCAUCCUACGACGCAAGAGGAAAGAAAAGAGACACCUUUACCUACAAGCAAUAACUUUGUCCCGGCACAUGAUGGAAUGUCUUUGAGAAGUCAAAUGACAGGAAGCUCUUUGCUCAAGCAGGACUACUUCAAACAUUUUGAUGCUGCUGAUGACAUUUCGCGCCCUGGAUUGAAUACUUCCAUUGCCGAAAUUGUCAAUGUAACAAUAACCAGAGGUCUCGUUAGCAAAUGUCAAGUUUUGGGAGAAGUUGCUUUCAACUACAAUUCCAGUGAAGCACUGGACUACGUUGCCGUAAAAAUUCCCUCAAAGUUUAACAGGUUUUUGCUCAAUGAACAAUUGAUGCACGAGACAAGUAAGGGCGUUUACGCUUUGAAUGUCAAUCCAAUCUUGGGCAAGACUCUUGGUGGUAUUAAGUAUCUGCUUGAUAUAGAUCCGCAGGAAGUGCCAAUUUUGAUCAAACAGAUCUGGAAAACUGAAGAGACUCAAGCAAGUCUCAUAGUCAAAAUCAUCAUCAACCCAGCUUACAGCUCCCAAAUCAAACUUGAGAAUUUCGUGGUAUCUGCUUCUUUGGAUACUUCUGUAUCAUCGACCUCGGCUUCUUCAAAGCCGGAAGGUUCUUUUAACAAGGAUGCAAACAGAAUUACUUGGCGCUACUCUAAACCAUUGAUUCUCUCAGCAUCAAAUCCGGAGGAGAAAUUGAUUGCGCGUAUCAUGACAAAUGGCCAAGCGCGAGAGUCAGCUGCUGGUGUUCGGUUGAAAUUUAGCGUCAGCCUGCCAGAGAAGUCAUUUGCAAAAAUCUUGGAUAUGGAUGACAAAAUGCUUCCAAGUGUCAUCAAUUUGAGCAGUGGUAAUUAUAGUUCUCACUUUAAUUGA